AUGGAAGAGCUGGCUAUAGAGAGUAUCAGCUUUUUGACAAAGCCCUCGCUGGACACAAAUGGAGCAAAAUUAGGCUCUUUGGGGGCAGUAUUUAUCAUGCUCAAAAGCGCACUGGGCGCAGGUCUUCUCAUCUUCCCCUGGGCGUUUGAGAAAGCUGGAGGAAUUCAUUCUGCUAUCACUGUGGAAAUGAUUUCUCUUGUCUUUCUGAUCAGUGGACUGGUCAUCCUGGGCUAUUCGUCUUCAAUCAGUGGACAAAACACAUAUCAGGCAGUUGUCAGAGAUGUGUGCGGUCCUGCCAUAGGCAAGCUCUGUGAGAUUGUAUAUGUCUUCAAUCUCUUCAUCAUAUCUGUUGCUUUCCUCGUCAUAGUGGCUGACCAGCUUCAGAAAUUGUGUCUCUCCAUGUAUGAGUUAAUCACAGGCUCACCAGAAUCAGAGAUGCCCUACCACUGGUACACAGACCAGAGAUUUGCUCUGUUUCUACUGUGUCUCUUCUUCAUUUUCCCUCUCUCUGUCCCUAAGGAGAUCAGCAUACAGAAAUAUACUAGUGUUCUUGGAACUCUUGCUGCUACUUACCUCACUGUAGCCAUCACUGUCAAAUACCACAUGAGGCCAGUCCAUGAGAUCAAUCUUUUGCCUCUGUACAGCAAUGGAGCAAGCUCAUGGACUUCGAUGUUCAACGUUGUUCCAACUAUCUGCUUUGGCUUUCAGUGCCAUGAGGCCUGCAUUGCUGUCUAUAGUAGUAUGGAGAACAGGAAGCUGUCCCACUGGGUCUUCAUCUCUGUGGUGUCCAUGUUCAUCUGCCUCAUCAUCUACUCUCUCACUGGAGUCUAUGGGUACCUGACAUUUGGGAAGAACGUUGCUCCUGAUAUUCUGAUGUCAUACAGUGGGGGUGAUUUAACCAUGAUUGUUGCCAGGCUGCUCUUUGGGAUUUCAAUCAUUACUAUCUUUCCCAUCAUUGUCCUACUUGGAAGAUCUGUGAUUCAGGAUCCAUUGCUGAGGCGCAGACGCAAACACACUGCUGUGACUGAUUCCUACGAGUGCCGUACCCGUGUUGCCCUGACCACAGCCUGGGUCUCAAUCACCCUUCUCAUUGCAGUCUUUGUUCCAGACAUCAGCAAAGUGAUCAGUGUUGUAGGGGGAGUCAGUGCUUUCUUCAUCUUUAUAUUUCCAGGGCUUUGCCUGAUAUUUUCUGUGCAGUCAGAGGCAAUUUCUCCUAUACUGAGAUAUCUUCUGAUUGUAUGGGGUAUGAUCUCACUUUUCUGUGGUACCUUUGUCUUUGGGCAGAGCACUUCAAUUGCAAUCAUGCAACUCUUAAGUGAGAUCUAA